ACCAAUCCUCCCAUCACUUUACUUUCUCAGAGAGAGAGAGAGAGUAAUGAGAAAGAUGGCCGACGACCAAACUCGUUCAAGCCCAAGGUUUAUUCUUCUCUUCCCAGUGUUGGCUUUGCUCUUCCAGGCUGGUUGUAGCGAUCUUCAGCUAAAUUAUUACUCGAAGAGCUGCCCUAAAGCCGAAGAGAUAGUGAAGGAAGAAGUGAUGAAGCUGUACGAGAAGCACGGCAACACUGCGGUUUCUUGGGUCAGAAACCUCUUCCAUGAUUGCAUGGAGUCGUGCGAUGCAUCGCUCUUGUUGGAGACAGCAAACGGCAUAGUAUCGGAGAAGACAUCUCAGAGAAGCUUUGGGAUGAGAAACUUCAAGUACGUCAACACCAUUAAACAGGCCCUGGAAACCCAAUGCCCCAUGACGGUUUCUUGUGCUGAUAUUGUAGCUCUUUCUGCGAGGGAAGGUGUUGUAAUGCUAGGGGGACCGCAUAUUGCCAUGAAAACGGGACGAAGGGAUGCUAGAGAAAGCCAUGUUGCAGUGAUCAACGACUUCAUUCCCAAUCACAACGACUCCAUGUCGCUGGUGCUUUCGCGUUUUCAAUCCAUCGGAAUUGAUGCUGAAGGAACUGUCGCUUUGUUAGGAGCUCACUCAGUUGGUCGAGUUCACUGUGUGAACCUUGUCGACAGACUCUACCCAAACGUUGAUCCCACCCUGAAUCCCAACUACAGCGAGUAUCUUAAAGGUCGGUGCCAAUCGCCACAGCCUGAUCCAGAGGCAGUCAUAUAUGCAAGGAACGAUCGUGAAACGCCCAUGAUUCUCGAUAACAUGUAUUACAAAAACUUGUUAAGCCACAAAGGACUGCUGUUAGUCGAUCAGCAGCUGGUUUCCGAUCCCGUGACUCUUCCUUUUGUGGAGAAGAUGGCUUCCGACAAUGGAUACUUCCAUGAUCAGUUCUCAAGAGCGCUACUCCUGCUAUCUGAAAACAAUCCCCUCGCAGGUGACCAGGGAGAGAUCAGAAAGGAUUGUCGCUUCGUCAAUUAAUUCUGGGUACGUAGUAUUCUCGUAAGAGAACCGACGCCAUCUGUGCAGAAUCAUGAAAAGGAACGCAAUUCAGCUUUAUAACGAGUGCUCAAUGUAAUGUAAUUCUCUCAAGUAUCAGCAGGCUUAGAGGCCUUGUUUCGUUUCAUCACUCAUCAGGGUUGAAAUUAAAUAUUGAAGGUGUGAUUAUUACUGUGAACAAUAAUAAAUUACAAGAAUUGUAUGAAAUUUGGUCAUCUGAAGAUUCUGAACAAAAUUAGAUAAUUUCUACUGUUUAAA